AUGUUUCUAUCCCACAAGAGAUGUACACUUUUGGCGAAUUUACCGUGGCGUCAUCACACUUGCUGUAUCCAUUCCUCCCCUCCCUUUCGAUUGGCUGAUCAUGCUCUAGUCUCCUGUCCGGAUCUGCCUCAUGGGCCAGUAGAUCCGAUUCUUAUCUUUCCGGUUGACCGAUUUCACUCGGUAACAGCCGCAGUUUACUUUACUCCAGAUGCCAUUUCUCAAGGCUUCUGUAGCACUUACAAAGUAACCUUAUCGUCAGAUUCACAUGCCUGGGUCAUGUCCUCGAUUAAACCCGUGUACCCUGAGCAAACUGGUCGCCUACUGCAUCUCAAGUUGAUUAUUAGUCCAUUUGGUUACAAUUCCAAAUUUCUCUAA